AUGGAUGAACUUCCGACUGAGCGAUCAAUCAAUGUCAAAUUUCGCCUGUCUACUGGUGAUAUUUUCGAUUAUAGGUUUGAUCCGGAACAGCUAACGGUUCAGCAGCUCAAGGAAAAACUCGCCCCGCAUACUACCACGUCUGCUAACAACAUGCGUUUAGUAUACUCUGGAAAGAUUUUGAAAGAUGAGGACCUGGUAGACUCAUAUGGAGUUAAAGAAGGUCAUACAAUACACAUAGUCUCCGGACGUGGUCAAGGACGUGGUCAAUCAGUUAAUACUCCAUCUGUUACAAUAUCCCAACGAAAUUCUAGCUCUACAUCGACAAAUCCUUUUGGGAUGAAUCCCUUUGGAAUGGGAGCCAAUUUCGAUCAAGAUUUAAUGAGAAACGUGAUGAAAAUCGUGAGGUCCAUGGUGAUGCAAAAUCCAACAAUGCGACAAAUGAUCGAACGAAAUCCCGAAAUUGGCCACAUAAUCAAUGACCCUUCAUUCAUCCGUCAGACAAUGGAUAUGGCACGCAAUCCUGAAUUGAUGAGAGAAAUGAUGCGCAAUAAUGAUAGAGCACUGGCAAAUCUGGAGACCAUACCUGGUGGAUUCAAUCACCUACGGCGAAUGUACCACACAUUGCAAGAGCCUCUUGAAUCUGCAAGUCGAAAUAAUGAUCAAUCAUCAGAGGCAGCGAAUCAGUUCUUAGCCCAACUUUUAAAUGUUGAGAGACCUCCAGAGGGACGCAUAAAUUGUACACCAUUACCCAAUCCAUGGGUUCCACGUAAUAAUAAUAACAUAACAAAUUCUACGAAUGUCCUUAGCCCAUUCGGAGCAUCCGGGGGAAUAUCACCUUUUAACUUCUUUGGUUUUCCACCCACUCAACUGUCUUUCCCAUCACCAUCUUCGGUUUCCAGAAAUUCUUCUACAACGUUAUCAAACCAAUCAUCUACGUCCUCCCAAACAAGUGAAACACCAAAUACAACACCAAAUUCAAAUGGAUUCGCAUCAAAUUUUUCUAACAUCACUCUCCCAACUCAUUCACCAAUGUCCAAUGACCCGGAAUUUGUUAGACGUUUUCAACAACUUAUGCAACGUUAUAUGACUUCUCCACAAUUUGUAGCGUCACGUCAACAAAUGUCUCAAACUUACUUUCCUACCUCCCUCUUUGGAUCACCAUUCUCUAAUAUGCCUCCUUCACACAGCACUAGUCAAUCAACGUCAUCUCAAUCAUCCGAACCCCCUGAAACACGUUUUAGAGUACAACUUCAAACGCUCGAAGAAAUGGGAUUUGUUGAUCAAGCCGCAAACAUCAGGGCCUUGCUUGCUUCGGGGGGUGACGUCGGUUCAGCUAUUGAAAUUUUGCUAAGCGAAAUUCAAUGA